AUGAGUGACUACAGCAAAGGUGAGGAAGGCGCCGGGGAAGACGAUGCAGUUCUGGUCGACGCCUCCCAGGAAUCCCCAGAACAAGAGUCUACCACUGCUCAAAACCAGUUGGACGAUAGUGCUGGGACCACAGGGCAGGGUAUUGAUGACGAACCCGAGCACAGCAACUCGAGUGACAUGGCACACGAGAAGAGCACUGCAUCUAGCCCAGCAGAACAUACCGAAAAUAGCCAUGGAACCCUUUCCUCAGUGGAAUAUGAACCACACAGCAGUACAGUCCCCCAGCCAGAAGUACAGCUGAACGAGACCACGUCGACCGGCACGGGCUCACAAGAGCAGACAGCAAAAUCUCAUGAUAGCAUCUCCAAAGCCUGCGAGCACUCCAUUGCAGGUGACUAUUCUGCACCCACUGACUCCUUAUUGACGUCGGUUUUUCCUGAUAACGGCAACGUCGUCGAUGACGAGGCGACAGAAUCGAUGGCUGCAGCGCAGGCGGAUCAGAUCAGCAGUACAAACACUGUUCCGGAAAAGGGAAUCAACCCAGAGGAUAACUCUACUUCGACAAUGCAGGAUCCGUGGUUGCAAGAUGCUGGUAACCAGACGGGCGGCGAUGACUCGCCCGACAGCGCUGAAGGAAUUGACGCAAAGGAAGAGACCACAGGCCAGCCAGAGGACUGUGAGAGAAUAGACAUCGUGGCCGUGCACGGACUGGGUGGCCACCGCGAGAAUACGUGGAAGUCACCGGCGCCCAAUGGCUUUCACUGGCUAAAGCCGUUCGGGGAAAAUCCUCCUUGGGGAGCGAACACGCGAAUUAUGACAUUUGGGUACUCAGCAGGGCGAGAUUCGAAUUUGUCAGAGAGGAUCUUUACGAUCGCAGAAAAUCUGCUCAGUGAUCUGUCUGAUAGCCGAAGACAGGGCAAGCAAAAACAGAGAAGUAUUAUCUUCAUCGGGCAUUCUCUCGGAGGCCUUAUUAUCAAAGCUGCUCUCAUCCAAGCCAAUCAGUACCGGGGCCAGUUUCUGGACAUCCUGGAGGCGACGAGGGCGAUUGUAUUCUUUGCAACGCCCCAUCAAGGCGCCAGGCGUGAGGACUGGGAGUUGUACGCGAGCAGCUUAGGUACUGCGACUGACCUAGAAUCUGACCUCCUUGACGAGCUCGGAACGUGGUCGAUUUCUGUGGUUGACAGGAUAUCGCCAUUUGCAGCCAUUUCCAGAAAUAUCGAUGUAACCACUUUCUAUGAGAUGGGUGGCCCAGUGGUUGUUCAUGAAGGGUCCACCAGGCUUGGUCUCCCCAACGAGCGUAUAGUUGGGCUUGCGAAAAGCCACUUGGAUAUCUGCCGGUUUCGGGAAGGGGAUGAUCAUCAUAUCCGUGUUACACAGCGGCUCAAAGCCAUCAUAACAGAUAUCCGGGACAAGAUCAGGGCCAACGUACGAAUCUACGAGAAUCUAAAAAGUGAUGGAAAAGAAUCUCUUCACCAAUGGGAUCAAGCUAAAAGGGAGAGCGGCGAACUAGGCCAAGAAUCUGCAACAUGCACUUGGAUUAACAAUCAUGCUAAGUUCAACGAAUGGAGAAAUGGACAAUCUCCAAUUUUGUUGGUAUAUGGGAUACUUGGGUAUACGCGCACCCUCGCUGACUGGGCAGCCAAAAAAAAUGGCAUGGAACCGGCCCGAGUUGUCCUGGACGAUGGGACUCUAGAUAUUGAUGACAUCGAGUCUCGUGUCAUCAGUACUCUGCUUUACCUGGCGGUUCUACAUGAGGAAGCCAAGGUACAUGUGAGAGACCUUGGCCUGACGGAUAUGCAUCCCGGCCAGCUCAGCAUGUACGACGGGCAGUUACUCAAACUUCGUCAAUGCUUGACGUCACUUCUCUAUCGACCUUUUGACAAACCCAUCUACCUCAUUGUUGACACACUUGACAAUGACUCCAAGUCCCGUGUCGACGCUAUCGUUUCCCGUCUGGAGUCUGGACUCUCCCCAGUCUCUCGCAUCAAGUUCCGUUUUAAGAUCAUGAUCAUAAGUCGACUUGGACUUUCCCGACCCCGGCCAGGUCUACUGACCAUUUGUUUAGACGAUGUUGACCAGGAAGGGAGGACACUAUUUCAGUGGCUGGUUUAUGGAAAACAGCUUCUCCAUACCAAUGUGCUACGAGUGGCCAUCCGCGUACAGCAUCCGGAGUCUUUCUCGCCCGAGGCUAAUUUUUCCAACUUGGUAGCCAAGUGGGGUCACGGUCAAAUCGAUACUCAAGAUGGCAUGGCACGACUAAUCAAUUAUCCAUUAAUUCGGGAAUUCCUGUUGCGCGAACAGCCGGAUGUGAGAGUCUAUCACGCGAACAUUGCACGGGUGUGUCUUGAGUACCUUAUCAACCUCCAACAGGAUCAAGAUACUCGGGAUGAAUGGAAAGAAGACUCUUUUGAGAAGUAUGCCGCUCGCCACUGGUCUGUGCAUCUUCAUGAAUCAGAAGAGGACAUGGAAGAUCUACUGCGGAAGCUUGUGAACCACACGGAUGUCAACCACUACUGCAAAAUAGCACGAGGAACCGAGGAAAGCUCUCGUGGAGAGUCCGCGACCUUCCUCCAUAUUGCCAGCGAGCUAGGCCAUGACAGGGUGGUUGCACAACUGCUCCUGCUACUGCAAGAGCCCGAUGAGGUGAAUCGUAAAGAUGACCGCGGGCGUACGUCGCUCCUUUUAGCAGCGCAGAAUGGACACAGAUCAGUUGUGGAGCUCCUUUUGGCGCAAGGAGGAAUCGAUGUCAACGAGAAGGAUGAUGAUGACCGCACUCCGUUAUCAGUCGUUGCCCAAUCCGGGUACUACCACAUCUGCGAUGCGCUGCUGGAGCGACACGCCAACGUUGAUCAGAAGACGAACGGGCUGAAGCCGGUAUUCAUAGCUGCCAGCGCGGGUAAAGAGCAGGUCUUGGGAAGAUUGAUCAAUGCAACCACCAAUGGCCCUGAGAAUGGAACGGACGCAACAUUUCUCCAUCAGGCAGCGAGAGAGGGCAGUGCGACUGCGGCAAGCCUUCUUCUCCAGAACCCGGAAUUUGACAAGGAUGCUCCGGAUCAGGAUGGGCUCACACCCUUGUACCUUGCUAUAGAACACAAUCGGGGCGCAGUAGCUACACUACUGCGGCGUCUCAAAGCUUCCACCGAAGUACCAGAUCCAAGGAAUGGGGAAACGCUCAUCUUCAAAGCCAUAUCUUCCGAUAACCCGACGGCUGCGAACUGGCUGCUCUCCUGGGGGGCUCGCAUGGAUGCAAAGAACGACGCUGGGCGAACCCCGUUGCACGUUGCAGUCUCACGUAGCGUCAGGAACGUGCAGGUAAUGCUGGAUUAUGGGGCACCAGUUAACGAACAAGAUAAUUCACGCCAAACACCACUUCAUGUGGCAGUUAGUUGUGGAGAUGGGGGAUCUGAGAACGUACAGGCCUUGAUCGCGCACAAUGCCGAUGUCACAGCUCGCGAUGGAAAUGGCAACACCGCUCUCCAUCUAGCUGCAGGUGCGGGGGCUAUUCAGAUAGUCCAGAUCCUACUGCAACAGGAUCGAAGUUCCCUGUCUGCGCGGAACAGCAAUGGAGAAACUCCUCUCCACAAGGGUGCGUCGGGAAACCAGACCGGAGAUGUCGCGGGGCGCAGAAAAGACAAUAACGGCAACAGGGGCGAAGUCGUCGAGAUUCUCAUCCAGGAGGGAGCGAAGGCGGACGCCAGGGACCACAAUGGGAAGACCCCUCUACACAUCGCCGUCACUGUCGGAAAUACCAACGCAGCUCGCCUUCUAAUCAAGUAUGGCGUCAACAUCCAAGUUCCGGAUAACGAUGGUCACACACCACUUCAUGUAGCCGCAGGCAAUGGAAACGAGGAGAUUGUUAAUACUCUGCUCCUAGCCGGAGCGGACACGACGAUGAGAGAUAACGAAGGCAGAACCGCUCUGCUCUACGCCGAAGAGAGCGGGAUUUCCAACGAGAGGGCUAUCUCUUUGUUAAAUAAGUCUGAUCCGCUAAAGCGAGAUAAUCCCGACGAUGAGGAGAUUUUUACCUUACGGGAAUCACCCAUCUUUCCCCUUUCAGAACCAGACCCCGUCGACCGGCAUAGGAAAGCGCUCCCAGCGGUAAAACUGACAGUUCAGGACUGGAAUAUCACCCCACAAUACCUGUCUGGGAUGAUGAGGCUCACCCAGUAUGAUAUUGUGGUUCUAUGCGGUGUGUCACCAUCUUCUGAGACUCAAGAGCUUGACCAACGGCCAGCAGACAACAGUCGUUCGAUGAAGGCCAGGCGGGACCUGCUUUGGAAAACCCUUAACCAAAUUGCCAGAAUUGCAACACGGUUGACCGGAUAUGGACUUUCUCUACGGAUGCUGAAUAAGAAUGGCAAGUGGGACAACUUGAGUGUGAACGAUAUCAAGAAUAUGGAGGCGAGUGGGACCAUGGAGUAUGGUAGUGGAACCAUGCUCGGCACCCGUCUAGACGAGCUUGUGAUCCAACCGAUACUUUUAGAUCCCAAGCGAGAAAAGCCAGUCAUCACAAUUAUCAUAACAGACGGAGAGGCAAACAGAGAAGGUCGUGAUAAGCUGCAGAAUGUAAUCUUCGCAUACAAAAACCAACCUCGGAGGAACAGACGGUCUAUAUUCCUAAUCUCGCAGAUUGGCGAUAAUCAGGGCGCCACGGACUUUCUCAAACGCGUUGAAGAGGACACAAGGAUCAAAGAUAUGGUGUACUGCUCCCACAAAAAACUUGACGAGUUGCAAAAAGGAGUCAACAGAGAUUUGGGCGAAGAAGAUAAAGAAUAUGCAUCCGCCUUGCUGAAACUAUUUUUAGCGGCAUUGCGGAAGAGAGCAUGA